GAGAGAGUGUGAGGGAGAGACGGGCUGCUACAUUACAGCUAGUCGUAGUUAGCAGCGGCACACACACACACACACACACACACACACACCGUGCCUGCAUGCAGGCUGACGCAGACGCUCAACGGCCACCGGUUACCCUUUUACAGACUCUCACAGUGGAGCGCCAGCCAUGGACCUAUUCGAGUUUGACUUCUUCAGGGACUGGGAGCUGGAGCAGCAAUGUCAUUACGAGCAGGACCGAUCAGCGCUGAAGAAGAAGGAGUGGGAGCGGCGCACACAGGAAGUGCAGCAGGAUGAAGAUUUGUUCUCGACCGGCUUCAAUCUGUUUGGGGAGCCGUACAAGACAAACAAAGGCGACGCCCUGGCAAACCGCGUCCAGAACACGUUGGGCAACUAUGACGAGAUGAAGGAGCUCUUGACCAGCCAUUCCAACCAGAGCCACCUCGUGGGCAUCCCUAAGAACUCAGUGCCACAAACCCCGGUGGAGAAGACGGACCAACCCAGCUUCUUCUCUGAAGCCCAGCGAGGUAGGGCCCCAUCCCAGCCUGGGAGUCAUACCACCUCCAUGCCCCCACCACCCACCACUACCACCCUUGCUGGCCCAAACGUCCUCCACGGGCACCAGGGUGGCAAAAAGUCCCGUGCCUCCGACUGGUCCAGAGGGUCUCACGCUUCCCAGACAAGUCAGGCAGCCAGUCGAGGGGCCAAGCACUCAGCCCAUGAGCAGGAGCAGGGUGACUCCAGCCCCAGCACAGCCUCCACUUCGUCCCAUUCCAGCAGGAGACACGGGCAGACGGCCAAAGUGCCAGCACCCACCGAGCUGGGGCACAGCAAGUCCCCCGCUGAGCAGGACCUGGGCAUCCACGGAUCUGGCUCGCCCGUGGCCUCCACCUCGCUGCUCCCCGGCGGCCUCUCCACUCCCACCUUCCCCCAGGGCCUGCAUUGCAAGCCCAGCAGUGCAGUACAGCAAAAGCCCACGGCCUACGUACGACCCAUGGAUGGCCAGGACCAGGUACCCAACGACUCUCCUGAGCUCAAGCCCCCUCUGGAGAUGGGUGAUGGCUACAGCGGAGCGUCCUUCGGAGGCCUGCUAGAUGGCAAAGGCAGCACGACGGGGAGCAAGGGCAAACUUCCCAAGCUGACACUGCCUCAGUCAGGGGAGGUCAGUCUGCCCAAUGACUCCAGCUGUGUGGAGGAGAUUCUACGGGAAAUGACCCAUUCCUGGCCUCCUCCUCUCACUGCCAUACACACACCAGGCAAAGCAGAACAAACCAAGUUUCCCAUCCCCUCCAAGGACCCCCAGCACGUAACAGCAGGAUACAAUGGACAAAAGCGCUGUAAUGUUCCUGGUAACAAGCCCGCGACCAAGUCGGUGCCACAGAAGUCAAUGCUGGAGGACGACCUGAAGAUCAGCAGUGAUGAAGAUGACAGUGAACAGGCUGCAGAGAAACCCAAGGCCAGGAGCGCACCUCCAAACCUCCCGGGUCCCACACCACGGAGCAAUGAUCCAGCUGGCCACUCCAGUGGAGCUUCAGGGAGCUCCAGUGAGUCAGAGAGCAGCUCGGAGUCAGACUCCGACAGUGAGAGCAGCUCCAGUGAUAGCGAGUGCAACAGAGAGUCACGUACCGCCACACCAGAGCCUGAACCUCCAUCAACGAACAAGUGGCAGUUGGAUAAGUGGCUGAACAAAGUAACCCCCCACAAUAAAGCCCUUCCCAGCACGCAGCCAGAGAACCAUGGACUCAGCAGCUCUCAACCUGAGGAUAGCCAAGCUUCAGAGAACCAGAGUUGCAGUAAGAGCAAGCCCAGCGCGACUUUGGCACAAGCAGAGCCCAAGGACCGGGGCUUGCUCAGUCCCGUCCGAGAAAAGGCCAAGCCUAAGACGGGCCAGAAGGCUCCGGAUGGUAAGGGCGCCAAAGUGAAGGCCCCUGUUACAGUGGACCUUGGCCCUUCUAGGAGAAGCACAGGCAAGAAGCAGCCCAAGAAAGUGGAACGAUCCUCCAGCAGCGAGGAGCACAACUGGCCCAGGCCUGGCAACUCCGGCACUACGCCAAAAGAGAAAGAACCUCCGCCUUUAGAACCCGCCAAGCCAAGAGGCAAAGCCCCCGGGGGCAAAACUGCCCCCAGAAAGGAACCCCGAACCACUGCAGCAAGCACUGCUGCUCCCGCUCCCACCACUACGGUCACAGUUCCAGACAAGAAGAAGCACAGAGGGCCUAGCAAGAUCAUCCCUAAGUCGAAGGAAUUUAUCGAAACGGAGUCCUCCUCAUCAGAGUGCCACUCUGACCCUGAGGAACUUUCAAAGGUGCUCCCCUGCCCAGGCCCUAGCAGCCUGAGCCUCAAAUCCAAGGACUGCAACAGCAAUAUCCUGAGCGUCAGCAGUCUCGCAAGCACCAGCAGCACCUCCAUACCAGACCCAGGUGCCACAGACUUGCUGGAGGAGCCCCUGUUCUCACCCAUCCCCAUUGUACAGAACGAGCUUCUCUCGCCACUGAGGGACUUUGAGGACAUCAAGUCCCUGUGGGUCAAGAUCGAGCUCAGCCUCCUGUCACGGAUCCCCGGACAGGAGCCGCCUGAGCCACCACCUACCAAAGCCGAGUGCCGGGAGCCCAGCAUCAAGCACAGGCGACAACAGUCGCCCGCCUCCAUCCCUCCUGAGAAACCCACCAGCAAAUCGAAGAGGAAACACAAGUCAGAGCAUUGUGAAGUGUUGAGUGGGAGCAAGAAGUUAAGACUGGAGAAAGAGGCCCUGCUGCUCCCUCCCUGUAUCUCUCCUAUCCACAACCACAAGGUCUCCUGCACAAAAGACUCGUCGAAGAAGCAGCCGAGGAAGCUGUUGCCGCCGUUACUGUCGCCGUUGUCGGAUGAACCGGUGGGCCGCCAGCGGAGAAGCAGCGAGAGCAGUUCUCUCAGCAUGGAGAGCAGCACAGCCGUCCCCACCACGUUACCCUCCACCCACUCCCUGCCCCCUUCCUCCUCUUCAUCAUCGUCAUCCUCGUCACACAAGCACCGCAAAGGAGAGAGCAAGUCUCACUCCAAGACCAGCAGUCAGGAGGAAGACAGCCAUGCGAAGGCCUCCAGUGGUUUCCACGGCAACGGUCAGUCAGAAUCUGACGUGUGGCCGAACCCCUCGGCUCUGUCAAUGGAGAACGUGGAGCCGAGGAGACCCAAGCUCACAUUCAACAACACUGUUCACAAUGCAGACUACUAUAUGCAGGAAGCCAAGAAACUGAAGCACAAAGCUGAUGCGCUGAUGGAGAAGUUUGGUAAAGCCGUAAAUUACGCAGACGGCGCGCUUUCCUUCAUCGAGUGCGGCAACGCCAUGGAGAGAGACCCGUUAGAGGCCAAGUCACCGUAUACCAUGUACUCGGAAACCGUGGAGCUCAUUAGGUAUGCGAUGAGAUUAAAGAACUUCACAAGCCAUUCAGCCACGCUAGCAGAGAAGAAAUUAGCGGUGUUGUGCAAUCGUUGUUUAUCCCUGCUGUACUUGCGGAUGUUCAAGCUGAAGAAGGAUCACGCCAUGAAAUAUUCGCGCUCCUUAAUGGAGUACUUCAAGAACUCGGCAAAAAGUUCCCAAGCACCUUCGCCAUGGGGAGCCAAUGGAAAAAGUACCGGCACACCCUCUCCCAUGUCCCUGAGUCCCUCCCCCAUCAGCUCUGUCAGCAGUAGCACCGGAGCCAUGGGCUCUUCCUCCUCCUCUUCAUCCUCGUCAGGCAGCGUGGCCAUCCCCCAGCGCAUCCACCACAUGGCCGCCAGCCACGUCAACAUCACCAACAACAUCCUGCGCAGCUACGAGCACUGGGACACGGCCGACAAGCUGGCCCACGAAAGCCAAGAGUUCUUUCAGGAGCUGGACUCAGUGAUGGAACCGCUGACACAACACAGCAGCAUGACGGAACUGGUGCGCUACAUCCGCCAAGGACUGCACUGGCUCCGGAUCGAGGCCCAUUUGUUAUAGUGCUGGCGCUUUCACUGUGCUCUCUCACUCUCUCUCUCUCGCUCUCUCUCUCUCUCUAGCUCACUUUCUCACUCUCUUCCUCUCCAUCUUGUCUUUCCUUCCAUCACUCCCUCCUUCCACCGGUAUCGCCACCAGCACUGCCAUCUCCGAGCCACCGGGACCCGGACAGAGGUUCAGAUGUUCGUCCUGCAAAACUUCUGAACUGUGUGUUUGUCCCAGCGGCCCAUGAUCAUCAGCUUUUACAGAAUAGGGAACGGUAGCACAUAUGGAACGUAAGGUGCUCUCGUUUUGGGGAACACUAGAAGUCGGCACUAUAAGAGCAGACUUGGGCAUGUGCACUCUUAAAAAUGAAGGUGCCAGAAACCUUGAACCUUGAAUGAAUGGUUCUUUAACCUCUUAAGUCUGGUGUGAAUAAUCAGGCUUAAGAGUUUAAUCUGCUCUUGUCAAAGAUUUUUCAGUUCUGCUUUUGCAUUUAUUUUGAUUUGUGAAGAACAUAAUCUAACAAAAGAAAUUUCUGAAAAUUCAGAAAUUUUUGCUCAGUUUGUGUCACAAACCACUUUUUGAAUAACAUGACACUUGUGUUACACUGAUUAACAAAUCAAUUAGUGUGUUUACAUGCACACGAUAA